AUGCUCAAAGUUUCAACCCCAAAUGGAGCAAAAGAAGUUCCUUUCUUGGCAGUAGCAUUAACUGUAUUGAACCCGAUCGUCACUUUUGUCAAACAACUCGUCAAAACAGACGAAUUGCUGGUUGGUGAAGACGUUCACAGGCGACGAUCGACUGACUCGAGAAGGGCUGCAGUACUGUUGUUUCUGAGGUCAGUUGCUGGGGUGUGGUGGAUUGCUAUGGGUUUUGGAAUGGUUCACUUUGUGGACUAA